AUGGCAGACGAGUACGGUCCUCAUUGUGUAGAGGACAUUGACGAUGAUGAGUAUGAGGACGAGUACGAAGAUGAGGACGAGGACGAUGAUGAUGAGCCUUAUGAUGUGAAUAAGGAGGAUGACUUGGGUGAGCCAAAGGAUCAGACUCAAGAUGAGUUCGAGCGUAGGCUUGACGAUUUUGAAAUUUCAGCUGAACGUACACCGCCUAUUGUAAAUACAACACGUGAGAUUGUUGGUGAGAACCCGACUCCUGAAAGUCAUGGCCAAGGACAAGAUGAAAACAACACAGGUGGUGGAGGGGGGAAAAGGCAUCGGCUCAAAGAAAAAGAAGGGGUCCGACGAGAAGCUUUAAGAAAUCGAACGGUCCCAUGGUCUUGGAGUAUGACAACAACGACCAACUCGGGCCCAAAUGGCGUCGACAAUAUGCUAAUCAAGUUGGCAUAUGUUCGCGGAAAAUCCCCAUUACACUUGUAA